AUGGGUGCUCAACAUUUUAUGGGGAUAUUCAUACUUAGAGGUGUGAUGGAUACUCUAAUCACUUCAUACUUGUGUCUUUUUGCUUCAAGGAUAGAUGGAUGACCCAAGGAGAAAAAGGCAUUGCUAAUGGACUAAUAAUGAGUUAAGCUGGGAGAUGUUGAUAACAUAAUAAAUGUCCCAAAAUUCUAUGCAUUUGAUAUGAGUUUAACCAUCUACAUCAUGACUUUAUCAUGUUAUUAACUAAAUUUAUAUGAAUAUCAUUGUAUGCAUAUAAUGGAUGGUUUUGAUUGCCUAUGUGUGACUUCUAUGAAGUUGAGUAAUUUUAUUACUAAUGAAUAUUCUCAGAUUCCAUGUGUGCAAAAAUUUAUAAGAGCUAAAUGGAAUAACUACCAAUAGGCUGGAGCUCUCCAUGGGAUUUUAAAGCUUAUUCGUUGGACCAGAAUGGACCAUUUCUAGUUUUGGGCUUAAAAGAUCAGCUAGAGGAAUGUGGGCCAGGUUUUGUCUCCAUCCACUAACCCUUCUAAAUUUCUUCUUAAAGAGGAGCAAGAAAUUCAAGUCACAAGAGCUCUCAACUAUUCAGAAAAAAAAGGAAGAAAUGGCAUGGAGAAAAGUUGAUAAAUAAUAGGAGGGAGUUUUAUUAAUUAUACCCCAUAUAUAAAUACUCUCUUCCUCUCUCUUUUCCACCCUAUUCUAGAUGUGCUCUAGUAGUGGCUAGCUAGCAGGACACAACAUUUUUUGACAUCCAAGGUAUCCACCCUAAUAGAUGUAAGUCGUUUUGAAGUGUUCACUCUUGUUCUCCCCCUUCUUAUAGUGAAAAACGUCUUAUCCUAGCACAAUAUAAGGAUCUAAGAGGAGAAAGAAAUCUUGAGGGCUCAAAGGAUGAACAUCAGCACCAAUCUUCUCUCUAUACCUCUAAACCCUCCUCUUUCCACCAUCUCCCGUCGCUCUAUAUUUUUUUCUACCUCCUCCAGCCACUCCACAUUUUCCUUUGUUGUCGCCUGAUAAGUAUUUAUUAUCAUGAGUUAAUAAUUAGUAAAUAAUUUAGUUUUAGCCUUAACUCAUGAUAAAUAGACUUACAUUUGUGUUAAAGUGUGAAAAGUGGUUUGCAGUUGAUUAACUUGAAUUUUUUGGGUAAUUAUAUGAUUUUAUAGGAAUUUAUAUGAUUUUUACAAUCUUACUUUUGAGAUAAAUAAAAAAAGAAAUAAAAAUAAGAUAAAAUGGGGGGGACCUACUGGCCAGUCGGGCCUACAAGUGAGUCGAAAGUGCAGUCGGGGAGUAGCCACGAGUACGUGCUCGAGCAACUUGGACUAAUAAGGCACAUGUGCGCCACUCCCCUUCCACGUCACCGGUGGCCAGUCGGCUAUGGGGCAAGGAGUGGUCGUACAUGCAAGGGAAAGAGAUUUGCUUUCAAAUGUAACAUUACAAUAUAUUUGCCCGGAACUUUGGCACACAAGCGAUGUGGGACUAAACUCGCACGCACCUUCCCUAGAAAGGGGUGGGCAAUUAGUGCGGGUUCGAAUCCUCCCAAAGUCAAAACUCAUAUUUUUUAUCUGAUUAUUGCAACUUUCCUACAAAUUGCUGGUGAAGGAUUAAGUAACUAGAAUCGCUGGAUCAUCGGUGAAAACCUUGUCAACACGAUUCACUGAACAUUGUUACUAAAAUUGCUAAAUGAUUUGCAAUAAAAGGAUCAUGAAUCCAGCGAGUAAAACAUCUUCGAUUGAUCAAUGAACAAGCCAUCGUCGGGAAGAGGACGAUCCCCCAGGAGACAAGUGUCACCUCUUGAGAGCGUACUAGAUGUGAUGAAGAGCCUCCUCUUACUGCACGGACUUAAGGAUGAAGCUCAUUGACAUGCACCCCACCUUCAUCCAAUUCUUCUCCAUCAGGUGACAGCCACCGGAGAGCUGCAAAGUCGCCAUUUUCCCACUCUACCAAGUGAUAGCUACCAAAGAUGAUUUAAUGACCUAUUUCAUUGAUCUAUAGACUUUGCAAAGACAUCUAGAGAUUACCCAAUCGUCCUUGUCCAAGAAGAGCCUUUGACGUGACUUAAUCGUUAUAUAGUAAAUCACACAAAUAUAAAAUUUAUAAAAUUAGAAAAUAUGAUUUUUUAGAUAUUUAGAAGUAUUUUUGAACAAAUAUAUUAAUUAUAAUUCAAUAAAACUUCCAAAAAAUAGUGGUAAUUUUCCAGUUCAAUCACAAAGAUGUAAUAUAAUAUCUGGUAAUUACUCAGCAUUUUUCUCAAUGAAUACGAUUUUCUAUGAAUUUUAUACUAGGAAAUGAAAAUGAAAUAUAUUUAAAAUUCAUGAAAAAGGGAAAUAAGGGUGCAGACAUUAGGAUGACAUCAGUGCCCAGUGAAUGCGAAUCGGGUGGAAAUAGAGUUCCACCGAGCAAUUCUUAUGUAAGCGAUUACAGAUGAUUUAAUUAGUCAAAUUAAGAUCUGUAAAAGUCAAAAGAAUCAUAAGUGAAUAA